AUGCGUCGCACCAAUAGAGGUGACAACCGCCGGGGAUCAGGCAGCGAAGCCGGCGGACGCCGGGCAAGCACCGACGCCGGAUCCAUGGCCUCAUCAUCCGUGAUGGCCCCGUCCACCCGCAUGCGCAACAAGUGGCCCGAUGGUACCGUGCUACGUGAUGCCCCGGUGCUGGAUGAGGAACCAGACAAGGAAGCGGAGGAGGAGGAAGAGACCGAAGCAGCAGAGGAAGAACCCGAUGACUCCGAUGAGGACGACAUGCGCUCUUCGAAGCGCGGCCCCGGGCCGAUCAGUAUCGGUGGUCGCCGCGUCGUCACGUCCUUCUAUAAUCAGAGGGAUCUCAACAGAAUGCCAGCAUCUUGGCCGCACUGGUGCAUUCGCUCGGUGAUGAACAAUUCAAUGCAGCGGCGGAGGAAGACCGACAUGUUGAAGGCAUGCAAGGCGGAGUACUUGAGGAGGCCGGCGGCAGAUGUGCCAGCCCCGAUGCCGGAUUGGGUUGAGGGCUUCUUCAAAGACGACGAGAAAGCCUUUCCGGGGGGCAAGAACAAGGGACGGAAGCGCUCUGACGAUGAGGAGAGUGGUUCCGAGCACCAGAUUGUGCCCGGCUCCCCGCCGAAAGAUGACGAUGAUGACGAGGGGGGCAGCGACGGAGAUGACAAUGAUGAUGGUGCUGUGGAGCUCAAGCCCACCGGUUUCAAGCUGAGCAGGAAGGUGCAGAAGGGCGAAACUUUGUGGUUUCUCCAAAGUUCUGAGGGUGUGAAGGUUGAGCUCGGAACGCCCGACACCGGCACCCAUGAAUGGCAUCUGUACACGAAGCACGGCAAAGAUUGGCUCUGGACCGGGAACCACGAUGAGCAGGAACCCGAAGAGUGCGUGAAUGUGAUGAACGAACUCAUGACAACGGAGGAUCUCGCCCAAGUGGGGGCAGCACGAGCAGAGCCCCCAGCAUGCAAAGGCCUAAGGCCAAUCGGUGGGGGAGACGGAACCAUUGUCGCACAGGAUAACGAUCCGGCCGCGUUGUCGAGGAAGCUCGAAAGCCAUCUGAGGGAGAAGGGUGUGAGCCCGGACAAGUUGAAGCUGCUCGACGAGAUCUUCAACAGCAGCGAUCCACCAAGGCCACCGGUGAAGCCUUCGGCGAAGGUUCCCAAGCCCACACCGACGCCGACCUCCGGAACACCGAAGCAGAACCUGAAGCCAAGCACGAAGGGCCAUCCGAGCAAGGGGAAGCCGGUGGUGCAGCCAGCGGGCGCAGAUGCAGGCCGUGGAGGUGACGACGAAAAGAGGAAGAAGAGGGCCGCACAGGAGGAAGAGGAGCGAGCACGAAAGCUCCAGGCUGCAGAGAAGGAGCGUCUCCGGGAAGCUCGCCGAAAGGCAGCAGAGGAUCACCGCAGAAAGGAGGAGGAGCUCGAGGAGCAAGAGGCAGUGAGGAAAGCGACAGCGCUUGCGGAAAAGUUGGAAGCGGACAUGAUGAAAGCCAAGCAAGCCAGGGAAAAGGAGCAAGAGGAGAAGGUGAAAGCCCUGGCUCGCGAGAUCUACAACAAGCGGAUGAAGGACAAGGGCUUGACACCGGAAGGCGAUGUUAUCACAGACGAGGAGGAGAAGGACGAGAAUGAUCGGGUGGAAAAGGGCACACGCGCAAGAUCGCCCCCUUCGACAGGCAAUGCCGGUGGGGCGGGCAGCUCGCGUGAUGUGCCGGCAAGCACCUCUCCGAGAAGUGGUGUGGAGGACGGAGAGCCGGCCGCAAAGAAGAUCAAGAUUGCCGAGGAUGGAGAGCCCCCCGCGAAGAGGACCAAAAAUGCCCCGUCGACCGGGGAGGAGUUGCGGCCGAGGAAGACCAAACUUCCGCCUCCGAAAGGUGUCCGGCCGAUCAAAGAUGAGGAGCACCCCGUGAAGAAGCCCAAGGAACAGCUUCUGAAUGCCAUGGCCGAUCAGAACGCAACCUUGGACGCCGACGAGGACGAAGGCGAGAACGAGGAUGAAGAGACGGCCACGGUGGAGCUCGAGCCGGAGGGUGGGAUCGGGGCAUUGGACGAGGAACAGGGCGAGGACAAUGACAAUGCCGAGGAGGAGUCAGCCAUGCCCGUAGCACCAUCAGAAGAAGCAGGUGACGACGCUGAGGCGGCCGAGACCGAGGAGCUGCCGAAGAAGUCACCCAAGAAGUUGUGGUUGAACCUGACAGCUGAGUGGUACGAAAAGAUAAAGAAUGGGGAAAAGUCGGUGGAGUUGCGCAAGGCCACGGAGCACUGGGCCAAACGCAUACGAGGUGCUUCCCAAGCAAUGGUUCUCAGAGGCUACGACAAGACAACCGCAUUGCCUAAAAAAAUCAGCAAAGUGGAGCAUCUCCCUCGUGAUCGAGCUCUUGAUUGGGGGGUUCCCCGUGAAAGCUUUGAUUUCUUGUUUGGGAAUGAGUCGCAUAUCUUCGUCAUUCAUUUGUGCGAUUGA